AGGCUAGAGCCAUUUCUGGGCUUCAGCCCAUCCUAGCCUGUUUCAGCAGAGCGGGCGCGAGCUCGCUCGGUUGCUCUCGGCGUUUCCUUCCUUCCCCUCCUCCACGCCCCAAACCGAGCCGUCCACAGUUACUUCCCGCCACCGCCACCGCCACCUCCUCGCUCCGCCCUUCAUCCUCCUCUUCCUCCUGGCCGGCAAGCAACCACAACCAGCUCCCCCUCCCCGAGGUUUGCACCACGCACAAGCCACAGCACAGCCUCGCUUGCACACCACCAGCCAAAGCAAAGUGGCAAUCGCCGCGGAAUCGCUUUCUUCUCCCCGCAAAGCCAUCCUUUAAUUCCCGCCCGUGUCACGAUCUCUCGCAGUGCCUUCCUUUAAAACCAUGCAAUCCUCCUGCUCCAUGCACUCCGACGACGCGGUCUGUCAACUUCCCAAGACCUUGCCAGCACUCAACCUAGCGGGACGAUGAUGCCUGUGUACGGCGGCGGUGGCGGGGGGCAGGCGCGGCAGCGGACGUGCCGCAUGUACUGGUGCUACGAGUGCGCGCGGGCGCUCCGCAUCAUCUCCUACCCGGCCACCGACGUCUUCUGCCCGCGCUGCUACGGCCGCUUCCUCCACGAGAUCGACCCGCCGCCGCGCCCAGCGCUCCCCCCGCCGGGCUACUUCCCGCACCACUUCGCGCCGCACCCGUACCCGCACCCGCACUACCACGACGGGAACCCGCGCCGGUGGGUCGUGUACGGCGCCGCGCCCACGGUGCCCGGGCGCCCGUUCCGGCAGCUGCCUCCGCCGGUGCGGGAGCCGACGCGGGUCCAUGCGCCGGCCCCGACGCCCCCGCCUCGCCGGCGCAUGCCCUCCCCGCCGCCGGCGCCGGUGGCGCGGCGGCCGGCCACGCCCCCGGCCAUCGACCCGGGGGACUACUUCACGGGGGGCGACCUCAACCGCCUGGUGGAGGAGCUGACCCAGAACGACCGGCCGGGCCCGGCGCCGGCCCCCACGUCGGCCAUCGACUCGCUCCCGACGGUGCGGAUCGCCGCGCAGCACCUGUCGGACGACGGCGGGUCGCAGUGCCCCGUGUGCAAGGAGGAGUUCGAGCUCGGGGAGGCGGCGCGGCAGCUGCCGUGCAAGCACGUGUACCACUCGGACUGCAUCGUGCCCUGGCUCCGCCUCCACAACUCGUGCCCCGUCUGCCGCUUCAAGCUGCCCGGCACCGGCGCCGCCUCCAGCACACGUCGCCCCAGCGGCAGCAACGGUGCAAGAAACAGAGACAGGGAGAGGGAGCCGGCGACGACGGUGAGGUGGGGGCCGUUGUCGUGGAUGGUGCCGGCGCGCGGGACGGAGGACGCGGACGACGGGUGGGAGUACGGCCGGCGCGGACACGGCAGGCCCGAGGAUGGCGACGCCGGCGCUUUCUACGCGUGGUGGCGCUCUCUGUUUCUCCUCUAGCCGUUUCCAGCCGGGAUGCCAGUCCCUACGCCAAAGACAACCUGAACCUGUUUGCUCAGUAAAGCAUGACAGCCGCUGUAAAUAUUUCAACGGCAAUGGUGGAUGUACCGGAGAAGCAGAGCACACUGGAAAUAAAAUAGGAGAAUGUAAUAGUGCAAAGAACGGCCAAAAUGUAAUCGUGCCACCCACAAUGUAAACGAUACAAAGAGUUGUGAUUUUCAUUUUUAGCUCAGUUGAGCGGAUUUAUCUAGCGGCUGAAGCAAUCUGCGCAGCAAUCUCAAAGCAAUACGUGAAAGCAAUUGAGCAAAUCCAAAAGAAAAGAACUAUCACAAAGGCUUAAGGUGAUACA